AUGCUAACGACAACUGUUUUAGUGCUUUUACUUUCACAAUUAGCGACUAUUCAAGGUCAACCAGACUAUGAAACUAUACCACUUCGGUUCGAUUUAGCUAUCGACCGACUUCGACAAUAUCAAUAUAUCUCACUAGACAACGUGACUGAUUUACUGCCACUGAAUGAAAUACCAACUUUACUGACAUACAUCGAUGAAGUUACUCAAUGUGAUAGAGAUUUUCAGCUUUUACUUGAAGAUACUGUGAAACGUCAACUCUGGGCUAUCAAAGUAAUCGAUGCUUGGGGAAAACCUCUACCAUCUGGUUUACUCAAAGGUAAUAUUUACUGGACGGGCAACUACGAUGAAUGUGUGCAGAAUUUCUAUCUACCACAGAAUAAAUCUUUUCUUCAGCAACCAAUGGAUACUCAACAUUGUACCCUACUACCCGAAUCAUCACCUGCAUCGCAGAUGUCAAAAGCAGGUAUCAUUCUCGGCAUGUGUGUUCCAUCAUCGUGUAGUCGAUCGGGCGUUGUGAAAAUUCUUCGCGAUGUACUAAAACAUAGUAAUGUAACCGAGGAUCAUCUUCUUUGCUCCAAUGAACAACGUAAUUUAUCACGAGGAGCCAUUGUUACCUGUCUUGUUCUCUCCUUUCUUGGACUAAUAGUCCUCAUCGGUACAGUGACUGAUGUAAUCAAUAAUAUUCAAUUUAAUUCUAUGAAAAGUGGGGUAAUAAAUAUCAAUGGAUAUACCAAUAUGACAGAUAGUAUCGAAACGGAAAGAAAAUCAAUGACGCUGCUUCGUGAUACUCAUUUCUCAUCGCAAGCAUUAUUGGAAACUAAAUCAAAAUUAGCAUUUAUGGCAGAGUUUUCAGCCUUACGUACCCUGCGUCGAGUAUUCAAUAUCGAGACAAAAACGAACAACGAGGGUUCAUUACCAUUUUUAAACGGCGUUCGAGUGUUUGCUCUUUUCUGGAUCAUCAUAGGACAUUCGCUUGUUUUCAGUCUGAGCUUCUCUAGUAAUCCACUUGAUCUACUGGCUUGGACGCAUAAUCUGAGUUUUCAGUUGAUUAUCAAUGCUGUUUAUAGCGUUGACACAUUCUUUGUUAUAAGCGGUUUUUUGACAACGAUUUUAUUCGUUCGGCAAGUAAACAAAAAAGGAAAAUUAUCAGUUCGUCUUAUGAUUCUCUAUUAUAUUCAUCGCUAUAUUCGAUUGACUCCAACAUUUCUCCUUGUCAUUCUCAUCAGCAUCAAUUUGACGCCCUACUUCGGCCACGGGCCUAUGUAUCCAAUACACCAAGGCUUUGAAACAGCUGGAUGUCGUAAUAGAACUUGGUGGACAUCGAUACUCUAUGUUGGUAAUCUUGUUCAGUCAGAUGAUAUGUGUUUACCUAUUAGCUGGUACUUGUACAAUGAUAUGCAGUUCUAUUGGGUUGCUCCACUAGCCCUCAUUCCUUUUGUUAUACGGCGAAAACCGAUCGGCUUUAUCGUGGUUACCUUCAUGAUUUUUCUUGGCAUUGGAUCAAUACUAGGCAUUAUUCUUCAUUAUCCCGAUUUGUCAUUAAAUGCCAUCGAAGCCUUUGCGCCACAAUCCGGCCCAUCAUUUUUCAAAUAUGUUUACAUUAAACCCUGGUGUCGUAUCUCAGCUUACGCCGUUGGCAUACUCACUGGUUUUAUAGUCACCAAUACAGGUCGCACAUUUCGUGUUAAUAUUUAUUUGAAAUACAUAGGCACCAUUUUGGCCAUUUUGAUCGGACUCAUAUGUUUAUUUAUCUUAUAUCCAGAUUAUCUUCAUGUGCCAGGUCUCAGUCGUACAUCGCUCAUUAUCUUUCAAACUCUAUCACGUACCGGUUGGGCAAUAUCCAUCGGUUGGCUAAUUUUCCUAUGCAGUACGAAUCAAGGCGGGUUGGUCAAUAAAAUUCUUUCCUGGCCAGUUUGGACUCCAUUAGCUCGUUUAAACUAUUCUGCCUAUCUCAUACAUACAAUCAUCAUUGAUAUCAUUGUCUUAAAUCAAACGAUGCCGAGUUACUUUCAACAUCACAUUGUUGUGAAUACGUUUGUUACGCACAUCUUUUUUAGCUAUGUGGCAGCUAUUGUCGUAUAUAUAUUUUUUGAAACACCUUUUUUUAUCUUUGAGAAGAAGCUAUUCAAACGAGACUAG